AUGGAUGACAGCAUGUAUGUUAAGCGCGAGGACGGCCUAUCGGAAUCUUUCGGCUCGUCCGCGGCUCAGGACUCUGCCGAAGCCGCCACGUCGAACGGCAUGAUUUCCGACGGCAUUGGCAGCUCGGAAACCAAUGUGACAGGCCCGGAUGGCUCCGUACCCUCGGCGGCAGAGGAUGCGCCGAAGUACGACUUCGGUGAAAAGAAGAAGAAGAAGGCUCCGGUAGUCAGCGAGGCGGCAAAAGCUGAGUUCAUCGACGGCACCGGCCAGGUUUUUGUCAAGGGACACGUGUACCCGUACGAAGAGCUGCUGACGCGCAUUCAAACGCUCAUUAACGCUCACAACCCUGAUCUUGCUGGGAGCAAGCGCUACACCAUCAGACCUCCUCAGGUGGUCCGCGUCGGCUCAAAGAAGGUGGCAUGGAUCAACUUCAAGGACCUGUGCAACGUCAUGGGACGUAGCAUGGACCACGUGCACCAGUUUGUGCUAUCGGAGCUGGGUACCGAGGGAUCAAUCGCUGGUGAUGGGCAGCUGGUUCUGAAGGGCAAGUACGGCCCCAAGAACAUCGAGAGCCUUCUGCGGAAGUAUAUUACGGAGUACGUCACGUGCUCCAUGUGCAAGAGUCCCAACACCACCAUGGAGCGCGACUCUCGCGCCAGGCUCUUCACGCAGCACUGCGAGGCCUGCGGAGCCAAUAGGUCUGUGAACCCGAUUAAGAGCGGGUUCCACGCCCUGAACAGGGGAGAGCGCCGAAAGGCGAAGGUUUAG